AUGGGGUAUUACAUAUAUAGCUACCAAGUGAUGAAUAUUGCUAAUAAUAAUAAUGGUGAGAUUGAAACUGGAAAGGGGUUAAACCAAGAACUUGGUCUAAAAAGACCGGGGGAAUCAAGGUGGGGAUCUCAUUAUAAAUCAUUGUUGAAUUUGAUUGAGUUGUACCCAGAUGUGAUUGAUGUAUUGGGUUUCAUUUAUAGUGAUGCUUCUUUUUCGGGAAAUAGAAAGAAUGCACGUGGUCUUAUGGUUUCAUUAUGCUCAUUUGUUUUUGCAUUCAUACUGCACCUCUUGUUUGAUCUUUUGGGUAUCACAAAUGAGUUAUCAUUAGCUUUGCAAAGGGAGGAUCAAGAUAUUAUCAAUGUAAUGGAUUUGGUCGGAGCAUCUAAGCAACGCCUCCAAUUGAUGAGUGAUGAUGAAUUUGAGGAUUUGUUAGAAAAGGUAAAUCGGUUUUGUUAUGGUCAUGAUAUUGAUGUUCCUAACAUGAAUGAUUUUUAUAUGACUCCAGGAAGACCAAAGAGAAAUGCUCCAAAAAUCACUUAUGAACAUCACUAUCGUGUAGAGGUGUUUUAUGCUACUAUUGAUUUACAACUUCAUGAGCUUAACAAUCGUUAA